AGUGUCGCUUUAAGAAGGAGGUGGGCAGCGCUGCGAUGACGCAGGAAUCAUCGUGAAAAGAUGCUUCAAAACUCCAGGCCGGAGCCAGCGUGUGCGUGUGCUGGUGACUGCUGCUGGCUGAGCUGGAAGAAUCGCAGAGCUCGGCUGGAUCAACUGUCUGAGAGAGUAUUUUGAGCAGGUUCAGGAGCCUUCGAAGGAACUCUCAAUGCAGAAUAAAACACACACAUUUGGGCAGAUUCGCAUCUUUAAAAGACAAAUACAAUUAUUUACCAUUAAGCCAUUUACUCAGAGCGGAGGGCUUUCUGUUUGCAGCUAUAUGUGCACUACCAAGUGGAGCCAACUUGGGGAAAGAAACAUUUGAAGAACAUCUCUUUCACUGAUCUGAAGUGUGGCUUUGGAAAGUCGCAUCAUGUCUACAUAUCUCAGCACACUGUGGUUGUACUUUUUGAUGCUCCUGAGUCCAGUUAUGACAAACACCAUCACCGAGGACAUAGAUGUUUUGGCAUUUUUGCCACAAAAUAACUCCUACCUUUUUUCACGUGCGCGAGUCGAACCGGCAAUCCUUUACGCACAGCAGAGGCUGGAGACAGGCGGAGGACAGUACUCCGGGUUCCGCUUCAACAUCAAGUUUGAGAACUCCGACUGUGUCAACGACGCUAUGUUUAAGUUACUGGACAGGUCGUGUGGGCAUAAGCCUGAUCUGAUCCUGGGUCCAGCGUGCGAGUACGAAGCGGCGGCGGUGGUGAGGCUGGCAUCCCACUGGAACAUCCCGGUGAUCUCAGCAGGUGCCCUGGCCGCCGGCUUCAGCAAUAAGAACACCGAAUACUCCCACCUGACUCGCAUCGCUCCGUCCUACGUGAAAAUGGCAGAGACCUUCACCGCGAUGUUCGAGCACUUCACCUGGAGGAGCGCGCUGCUGGUCUACGAAGACGACAAGGAGGAGCGCAGCUGUUACUUUACUCUGGAGGGAAUCUAUCAUCUGAUGGCUGACUUUAACAUCAAAACACAUGCUCAUUCCCAAGGGGAGCGCCUGGACACUGACGACAUCCUCCAAAACAUCUAUGACACUGAAGUGGUGAUCAUGUGCAUGGAGGCAGACAAAAUACGAGAGAUCAUGCUGGCUGCGCACAGGCGACGGUUGACCAACGGCAAUUACAUGUUCUUCAAUGUUGAACUCUUCAAUGCCACCUCGUAUGGCAACGGCUCAUGGAAGAGAGGCGAUAAAUAUGACAACGAUGCGAGGCAAGCUUACGCUUCUCUGAACACAGUGACACUGCUCAGGACAGUCAAGCCCGAGUUUGAAAACUUCUCCAUGGAAAUGAAAGAGUCUGUGAAAAGAGCCGGGUUCCAUGACUGCAAAGACUGCGGAAGUGUCAACAUGUUUGUCGAGGGAUUCCAUGAUGCCAUGCUGCUGUAUGCAAUCGCCUUGCAUGAAGCCAUUAAAAACGGAUACACUAAGAAGAAUGGAACGCAGAUCACCUCGCGCAUGUGGAACAGAACCUUUGAAGGAAUUGCUGGUCAGGUAUCUAUGGAUGUCAAUGGUGACAGAAACGGAGAUUUCUCUUUGAUGGCCAUGACUGAUGUUGAAACAGGAACAUAUGAGGUGGUGGCCAACUACUUUGGUGCAAAUGGAACUUUUCAGCUGCUGCCUGCCUUCAGUGCCGACCAUUUCACUUUGAAAGGAAGAUAUAAAGUCCAUGCUGAGAAACCAGACAAAUCAUGUGGACUAGGAGUAUCAGCUUUGACUGGAGUCAUAGUGGGAUCUGUUCUGGGAGCUGCAAUGCUUAUAGCAUUCUACUUUUUCAGAAAAAACUACAGGAUUACCAUUGAACGUCGCACACAUAGUGAAGAGUGUGACACUGGGAAGCACCGUCAGUUACGAGAGGACUCCAUCAGAUCAAACCUCUCAGCGGCAUAAUGUGCGGCAGUGGCGGCAGCAGUCCCUUCAUAGAGAAAUCUGAAUGUGACCAAAGACUUUACGAUGGCUGUCAGUGAAGCCAUGCUGUUAAAAAAACGAGACAUGUUGUGUUUGUAUCCUUUUAAUGUUUUGACUUUAUUGUAACUCAGGACAGUUGUAACAGUCACAAAGCACCACUUACUUGGAUUUUCCUCCAUACAAAGGUAUAUGAUUGUACUGGUGUAUAGAAUGCUUUGGCCAGAAUAUUCUUUAAACAUUUUUUAAAGAAUUUGUUUCAUUUUUUUGGAAUAUUCAGAUGGUGGUUACCAUGACUGUGAAUGAUUCAGAGCGGACAGUGUAUCUAACACUACAUGGCAUGCACUAGUGGGUGGGUGAGAUCUAUUUUUGCAUUUCUGGUUGACAGGACAAAUAGAGGCCUCACGUUUAAUGGUGGUAAACAAUAAAGCCAGAGGAAAUGAUCUAGAGUUAACCGACUAAAAGAGGAUAUAGGCUAGAUCUAUAUCUAUAGGCUAUAAGCUACUGAUGUUAAGCUACUGAUAAUGUGAGGUUUUCAUCUGACUGGAACCUCGCUAAGAUCCAGCAGCCUCCAUACAAAUCUAAUUUCUAAUUCCUAACUGAGCAUAUGCUCCUAAAACAAGAAACACUGGGUCACACAUCAUCUUGAAAGUACAUCUCUUCAAUGCCUCUUGAUUGCCUCAUUUACAGUGUUUUUUUUUUUUUUUUUUUUAAGUCUAUUUAAUGAUUCAGUUGCUACCUGCAUAUGAAAUUGUGGUACUACUUUCUGAUAAGGCAUAUUUUAUUAUUUUACAAAGUAUGUUUGAUUGUUACUUCAUAAAUGCAUUAAUAAUCCUUUAUAGAUCAGUAAUACGCCAAUAAUAACAAUUUAAGUUAGGUUGUGGUCCUUUUGGCUCAACAGCUAAGUUUCCUCUACUAUGAUUUAUCACAACUUUGGUUUCAUUUCAUAGCACUGGGCUUCAGUCAGUCAUGAUUGUGUUGCCCUCUAACUGUUCUGGGAUCUUAUCAGAUGCUUUUGCUGACUACAAUAAAUUGAACUGAUAAUCAGAGACACAAACAAGAACAAAUAAUGAUUAUUUUUUCUUGUGUUCCUUUUUUAUUAAUGGCUUAUUACUGAUGCUUCCAUUACCAAAGACAUGCAUUCCAAAUUAAAACCUCCACAUAAAGUAUUCCUUAUCAGAAAGUGGAACUGAAAUCCUAAAUAAUUGUGAUAUUCAUGAUAGAUCAUUAUAUUUCUGUGUUAUAAAGGCAGUGUGAGAUGCUUUCUAUAAACAGUAGUGACUGCAUGAAAAAAAUAAGUAUUUCACUUUGCAUUAGUGACCUUUAGUUUUUUUUUUUUUUUAGCUAGUUCUUUGUCAUUUGGGUUGCAUUAUUCAUGCAGUAUUUAAAGACAAGGUUUUUAUAGAAAUAAAAUAAAGACAGUGAACUUGGUAAAGAACCUUCCUGCAGUUUGUGUUUUGGGGAAAUUUUCUUAUUCAAAGCACCACAUUCACUUGCUUUAUUAAGAUAAUUUUGGUAUGGAGUAUGGUGACUUAAUGGUAAUCUUAUUGUAUUUGAAUUAUUUUA